AUGAGAAUAAGAGAAAAGAAAUUAGAAGACAAGGAUUUACCUAAAAAUAAAAAAGGGUCACGCAAUGUAAAGGAUGAAAAAUGUAAUAGGAACAUUCGAAAUGAAGAAUAUAUAAAAAGCACAACAAAAAAAGAUAAAAUAGAAAACAUCGUUAAAAAACUUGAUGAUAUAAAAAAUAAAGUAACUGAUUCGACUGAUGGAUUAAAAUGUGUAGAAAUUUUAUUUAACAAAGCUGGAACUAAUUGUUUGUUACCUGUGGAUAAUGAUAUUCAAAAUAAAUUAGGGAAAAAAAGAAAUACAAACUUGAUAAAAAAGGAAAAUAAUAAUAAUAAUAAUAAUAAUAAAUGUGAUAAUUUACAUAAUACCUAUCUUUUCAAUGGACCUGUAAAAAAUUUCGAAUAUUUAAAUGUACAAAAUGUUCAUACUUUUUUUCAUAAAUAUUUUUACUUAAAAAAAAACACAGAUGAUACAUAUGAUAAUAUUCAUUUUGAAGAUAUAUUAAAAGAAAAUAAAAAUAAUUUUUCCUUUUUAGAAAAACAACCGUCUGAUAUAAAUCCUCUAUUUAUUUCGUUGCCAUAUAACAUACACAUGGAUGAGAUAGCUGAAUAUAAUAAGAUGAUGGAACAAACAUCAGAUUAUAAUAAUGUAGAUUUAGGAGAUAAAAAAGAACAAACCAAUGAUAUACUUUUAAAAAAAAAUACAAAUAUAGAAAAUAAUAAUAAUAAUAAAAAGAAUAAAAUGAAUGUAUAUCAAAAUGAUUUUUAUAAUUUAUUGAAUAAGAAAAGGAAAGUAAAUAAUAAUACAGAUAAUGUAAAUUUACAAAUGAAUGAAAUGGUUUCAUUGAAUAUGUACAAAAAAAAUAAUUUAACAAGUAAUUUUUUAUUAAACCAUGAUAAUAAUAUAGAUAAUAAGGAAUUAUAUUAUUUCAAUGAAAGUAUUAAUGAAAUUCAUGAAAAUUGUACGGAUUCGAAAAUACUUAUUUUAAAAAUAUGUAAUAUAAUUUUUGAAAAAAAAAAAACAAAAAAUAUACACAUUUUAAAACAGUUGGAUUUAUUGUUUAAUCUACAAAAAAGUUAUGAAAAUAGAAAUAUAUUUUAUGAAAAAAAAAGUUUAUAUGGUAUGGAAAAUAUUUCUUCAAAAGAUAAUAUAAAUAAUGAUAAUAAUAAUAAUAAUAAUUAUCAUCAGAACUUUUCGUUUGGAAAAGAAAAUUAUGUAUUUCUUGAUAAUAAUAACACAUCAAUAAAUAUUGUAAGAGAGGAUGAAUCUAAGGAAAAAAGUAUUAGUAAUUAUAAUUUCGAUAAGACACUUUUUUUAUUUUACAAUGUUUUGUUAAAGGUAUCAGUACAUAUUAGUGGUUUAUAUAAUACAUUUAUGGAUAUAUUAAAUUAUAACUCUAGUGACGCACUUAAUAAUCACAUAAAUAGUAACAACAACAAUAAUAAUAAUAAUAAUAAUAAUAAUAAUAAUAAUAAUAAUGAUUAUUUUAUAUCGUACGAGUUAAGAAAAUUAAUCGAAUCUAUUAAUAUUUAUCAAAGAGCAGUAAAUGCAGCAUUAUAUUUAUUUCACUAUAUUUUACACAUGCUAGAAAUAACUAGCCAAAAAAACAAUAAUAUGCUCAUUAUAGAAAAUGAAAUAUCAACUAUAAGAAAUUUUAUUAAAAUCAUUAAUAAAUGGAAAAAAGUUGAUUCAAAUAUUCUAAUAAAUAUUGUACAAUAUAAAAAUUAUCCCAACACACAAAAUAAUGAUAAUACAUAUAAAUCAAAUAAACAAUUAAAUAUACAACAAAAUGAAAAUAAGAAAUACAAAGUAAACCUGAUUAAUAAGGAAUUGGUUCGUCAUAAUUUUGAAAUAAGAAAAAUAAUUAUUUGCAAAUAUAAUAAUAAAAUAAUAAAAUGGAUGAAAAAAAUACACAAUCUGUAUAUUAUGCAUGUGUAUAAAAGUUACAAAAAUGAUCAAAAUGGAUAUAUAAAUGAAGAGGAAAAAAAUGAAACAAAAACAGAAACAAAAAAUGAAAAAAAAAAUGAAACAAAAAGAGAAAUAAAUAAUGAAAAAAAAAAUGAAACAAAAAGAGAAAUAAAUAAUGAAACAAAAAAAGAAAGAAACGACGAAAGAAACGACGAAAGAAACGACGAAAGAAACAACGAAAGAAACAACGAAAGAAACAACGAAAGAAACAACGAAAGAAACAACGAAAGAAACAACGAAAGAAAGAGUGAAACUAAUAAAUGGACAUGUCAAUAUAGGGAUAAUUAUCAGACACCAUAUUGUUGUAAUAUAUAUACAAAGGACAAAAUAGAAAAUAAAAAAAAUAACUAUAAUAUUCCUUGUGAAGUGGAAUCUCUUUCUUUUUUUUUCCACUGCUGUAAUAUAAAUACAUAUUACUGGUACAAAAAAGAAAUAGAUAUUAAUAAUAUGAAAAUUAUAUUUUAUCUUAGUAAUUUAUUAACAAAGGAAGUUCAGAAUAGUGAGUUUAUAAAGAGACAAAUGAAUUCAUAUUUUAAAGAAAUUAAUAAUUUAUUUUUUGAUAUAAAAGAUAUUUAUGAUAUACUUUUAUGUUAUAAUAAUAUGAGAAAUUUAAAUAAGGAAGAUAAUAUAAAUAUUCCCACAUGUCAAUUAAAUAAUUCAACAUGUCAAUUAAAUAAUUCAACAUGUGAAUUAAAUAAUUCAACAAAUCAAUUAAAUAAUUUUAUAUAUAAUAAAGAUUUAUGUUCCAAAGAAAUAGAAGAUUUGUUAAGUGAUAUGUCGAAAUAUAAUAAUAUAAAUGUAGAUAAAAUUAUGCAUAAAUAUAAUACAUAUAAUGAUGAAAUAUUAUUAAAAAUGAGUAAUAUGAAAAAUGUAGAUAUGUUAUUAUUAUUAUUAUCUAAUAAUAUAUAUAAUAAAAUAAUGUCUACUACCUUAUAUAAUAAUUUUGAUAUCAUAAAAUUUAUUAUGAAAUGGAUAUUUGUUCAUGUUAUUAAAAUAUUUGUAAAGGAUACAUACAUGUUGUAUAUAAAUAAUAAUCAAGGUAAAAUAAAUGAAUCUAAUGAAGACCAUAAUUUAAAUAAAAAUAAAGAUAGUCAUAUAGAUAAUAACAUAGAAGGGGAGAAUUUCCUUAUGAACCAAAAAUUAAUAGAUGAAGAAGUUGAAAAACGGGUUAAUAUAAUUAAAGUUGAAUUAGAAAAUGAAAAGAAUAUAAUUAUUAAUAAUAUAAAAGAAGAGUUACAGAAUGAAGAAAAAAUAAAAUAUAAUGAUAUAAAAACAAAUUUAGAGAGAGAAAAAAAAAUUAAUAUGCAUAUGAAUAUUGAAUUAGAAAAAGAAAGAAAAAUAAAUGACGAAAUGAUGAUAAAAUUUGAAAAAAAAAAUAAAAUGUAUGAUGACAUUAAUAAAGAAUUAGAAAAUGAAAAAAAACAAAAUAAGGAAAUUUAUAUGGAAUUACAAAAUAUCAAAAAUAUAAAUUCUGAUAUGAAUUUUGCUUUAGAAGAUAAAAGUGUGCAAUAUGAUCAAAAAUGUAUCGACUUUGAAAAAUUAAAUAAAAUGUAUGAAGAUACGUGUAAAGAAUUGAAUAAUAAAAAUGUUUUAUAUGAACAAAUGAAUACACAACUAUAUAAAGAAAAAAUAAAUAAUGAUGAAAUAUGUACAGAAUUAGAAAAAAUAAAAAAUAUAAAUAAAAAUAUUCAAAUCAAUUUAGAAAAUGAAAAAAAAACAAACGAACAAAAGGAUAAACAAAUAGAAAAACAAAAAAUGAAUAUCAAAGAAAUGGUUAUACAAUUAGAGAAAGAAAAAAUUAUUAAUAAUGAAAUUAUUACACAAUUAGAAAAUGAAAAAUUAAAUAAUAAAAUUAUAUAUGAAGAUAUAGAAAAAAAAAAUAAAUUAAAUUCAGAGCUUGAAGAAAAUUAUGAAAAUCAACAAAAAAAAAUCAAUGAAAUGAUUAUACAAUUAGAGAAAGAAAAAAUUAUUAAUAAUGAAAUUAUUAUACAAUUAGAAAAUGAAAAAGGAAGCGUGAAAAAAAUAAAUACAGAAUUGGAAAAUAUAAAAAAAAUGAAUGAUGAAAUGAAUGAAAAGUUAAAUAAAGAACAAAAAAUUAAUAAUGAUCUACAAUUAGAUUUAGAAAAUGAAAAAAAUGAAAAAGAUCAUAUAAAUAAAGAAUUCGAAAAAGAAAAAAUAAAAAAUAUACAACUUAAAAAAAAUAUGGAUGAAGAAAAAAAAACAAAUGAAUCAUUAAACGUAGAAAUAGACAGAUUAUAUAAAAUAAAUGAACAUGUUUUAUUAAAUUUGGAAGAAGAAAAAAAAAUCAUAGACCAAUUUACUAUAGAUCUAGAAAAUGAAAGGAAGAGGAAUCAUAUUCUACAACUACAUUUUGAUGAUGAGAAAAAAAAAAAUGACCAAAAUUAUGAAGAUCUAUUAAAAGAAAGAGAAAAAAAUAAAAAACUACAAAUUCUUUACGAUGAUGGCAAAAAUAACAUAUCUCAAUUAAAUAUAGAUCUAGAAAAUGAACGAACAAGAAAUAAUGAUCUCAAAAUACUUUUGGAUCAAGAGAAAAAAAAAAAUGAACAAAUUAAUGAUGAUUUAGAAAAUGAAAGGAAAAGGAAUAACCAACUGCAAAAUAUUUUAAAUGAGGAACAAAAAAAGAAGGAACAAUUAAACGUAUCUUAUGAAGAACAGAAAAAUAUAAAUCAUCAACUUGAAAACGAGUUACAAAAGCAAAGAAUUACAUAUAAAAAAAUGAUAGCCAAGUUUGAAAGAAAAUUUUUGAUGAAAAAUACUAAUGACACACAAAAAAUAAAAGAUACACAACAAAUAAUAGAUACACAAAAAAUAAUAGAUACACAAAAAAUAAUAGAUACACAAAAAAUAAUAGAUACAUCAAAUAAUGUUAACCAAAUGAAUGAUGAACACAAACAUGUUGACCAAAUGAAUGAUGCUGAGAGUGAGGAUAAUACCUUUCUUGAAUUACAACUCGAAAAAGUAAAACAGGUUAAUAUAGAUAUGAUUAUACAAUUGAAAAAAGAUAAAAAAAGAAUUGAUGAACUAAAUUUAGAAUUAGAAAAAGAAAAAGAAGUAAAUGACAAAAUCAUCAUACAAAUGGAAGAAUAUAAAAUGAAAAUAGAACAUAUAAAUGAAGAAUUAGAAAAAGAAAAAGAAAUCAAUCAUAAUCUAAAUAUAAGAAUUGAAAAGGAUAAUGAGAAAAAUGAACAAUUAAAUAUACAAUUGGACACAGAAAAAAAAAUGAAUAAUCAAAUGAGUAUUGAAUUGGAUGAAGAAAAAAAAAUGAAUCACCAAAGGCGUAUUGAAUUGGAUGAAGAGAAAAAAAUGAAUCAUGAAAUGAAUAUUGAAUUGGAUGAAGAAAAAAAGAUAAACAAAGAAAUAAAUAUACUAUUAGAAGAAAACAAAAACAAAAUUAUACAAAUAAAUUCUUGUCUACAAAAAGAAAAAGAAAUAAACGAACUAUUAAAUAUCCAAUUAGAAGAUAAAAAAAAUAACAUUCAAGAGCUUAAUAUUAAAUUAGAAGAUGAAAAAAAAUUGAAUGAACAAAUAAAUGUAACAUUGGAAAAUAAAAUAAAUAAUAUUCAAGAGUUAAAUAUUAAAUUAGAAGAUGAAAAAAAAUUGAAUGAACAAAUAAAUAUAACAUUGGAAAAUAAAAUAAAUAAUAUUCAAGAGUUAAAUAUUAAAUUAGAAGAUGAAAAAAAAAUGAAUCAACAAAUAAAUAUACAAUUGGAGGAAGAAAAAAACAAAAUUAUACAAAUAAAUUCUCAUUUAAAAAAAGAAAAAGAAAUAAAUGAAGAAUUAAAUAUUCUACUAGAAAAUAAAAAAAAUAACAUUCAAGAAAUUACUAUUAAAUUAGAAGAACAAAAAAAAAUAAAUGAAGAACAAUAUAUACAAUUAGAAAAGGACAAAGAAAUUAUUAACAGUAUGGUUGUUGAAAUGGAAAAGGAAAAAAUAAUUAAUAAUGAAAUAAAACAAAAGUUGGAAAAAGAAAAAAAACAAAAUGAUCAAUUAGUUAUACACCUAGAAAAUGAAAAACAAGCUAAUAAAAAAUUGAAUAUACUAUUAGAUCAAAAUAAAAAAAUAAAUGAAGAAUUAAAUAUACAAGUAGAACAAGAAAAAUUGAUAAAUAAUGAAAUUAUUGUCCAACUAAAAAAAGAAAAUGAAGAAAAUAACAAAAUAAAUUCAUUAUUAGAAGAACAAAAUGGAUUGAAUAAAAAGGUAACACUACAGUUGGAAAAGGAAAAAGAAGAAAACGGAAAAUUAAAAUUACAAUUGGAAAACGAAAAGCAAGAAAAUGGAAACUUAAGGUUCGAAUUAGAAAAUGAAAAAAAAGAUAUUGCAAAUUUAAUAUUACAAUUGCAAGAAGAAAAAGAGAACACUAAAAAUGUGAUGGUUCAAAUGGAUAAAGAAAAGGAGAAAACUAAAAAUGUGAUGGUUGAAAUGGAUAAAGAAAAGGAGAACACUAAAAAUGUUAUGAUUGAAUUAGAGAGAGAAAGGGAGAAUAAUCAAAACUUAAAUAUAAAAUUGGAAGAAGGAAAAAAUAUAAUGAACCAAAUAAGUAUACAAUUGGUUGAAAAGCAAAAGAUUAUUAAUCAAUUAAAUGUAAAGUUAGAAAAUGAAAAAGAAGAAAAUGAAAAAUUAAAACUCGAAAUUGAUGAGGAAAAAAAAUAUAACAAACAAAUGAGUGUCGAAUUAGAAAGUGAAAAAGAAGAAAAUGAAAAAUUAAAACUCGAAAUUGAUGAGGAAAAAAAAUAUAACAACCAAAUGAGUGUCGAAUUAGAAAGUGAAAAAGAAGAAAAUGAAAAAUUAAAACUCGAAAUUGAUGAGGAAAAAAAAUACAAGAACCAAAUGAGUAUCGAAUUAGAGAAUGAAAAAGAAGAAAAUGAAAAAUUAAAACUCGAAAUUGAUGAAGAAAAAAAAUAUAACAAACAAAUGAGUGUUGAAUUAGAAAGUGAAAAAGAAGAAAAUGAGAAAUUAAAACUCGAAAUUGAUGAGGCAAAAAAAUAUAACAACCAAAUGAAUGUCGAAUUAGAAAGCAAAAAAGAAGAAAAUGAAAAAUUAAAACUCGAAAUUGAUGAAGAAAAAAAAAAUCUUAACAAAGUAAUAUAUGAGUUAGAUGGUGAAAAAAUAAAAUAUAAUGAUGUGUGCAUAAUUUUAGAUAACGAAAAGAAUAAAAUGAAAGAACUAAAUGAGAAAUUAAUAAAUCAAGAAAAAGAAUUAGAAAAUAUUAAAAAGAAACUAGAGGAAGAAACCUUGAAUUUUAAAAAAUAUCGAGAAAUAAAUUACAAAGAAAAAAAUGGAUCUAAUGAUUAUACCAUGGAAAACGGAAAAAAUGUUGUAACAAGAAAUAAAAUUAACAACGAAAUGAAUAUUUUAGAUAUACUAGAUAAGAAUAAGAAAACAAAAAAAACAAUAUCAAAAAGUAAUAAUAAUGAUAAUGAUGAUAAUAAUAUGAAAGAUGAAAAGUAUAACAAAUUAUAUUAUUCAUAUGUAGAAAUAGUCAUAAAAAAAGAAGAACUAGAAAAUGAAUUUAAUGAACAAAUGAAAUAUUUUAAUGACAAAGUUGAUAUAUUUGAUAAAAAGGUUCAAUAUUUUAAUAAAAAAAUUACACAUUAUAAAAAUGUUUGUAACAUGUAUAUUAAAAAUAAUGGAAAAAUAAGUACUUGUAUAAAGAAAUUAGAAGAGAUCCUAUAUAGUAUUGAAAAGGUUCAUAUUAAAGAUAAAAUUAUUCUAGAUGGGAAAAUUUAUAAUAUUAAAAUUAUAAUAAAAGAAAUUAAUGAAUGUAUACAUAUGAAAAUACAAGAAACAGAAGAUACAGAUGUAUUAUUAUAUGAUGAAGUAAUAAAUGAAAAAAACAUUUUAUUGGAAAAAAUUUUAAAUAAUGAAAAAGAUAAAAAUAUAUAUCAUAUAGAAAAAGAUAGUGAAUUAGAAAAAUAUAUGAAAGAAUUAAAUUUUAAAAACAUUAAUGAUCUUUUUACAUUCCAUUUAAGUAUGUUAGAUGAAUUGUGUAUAAUAAAAAAAUGUUACCAACAGGCAGUAGAAGAGAAUGCAAUGAAAAUUAAAGAAUACGAUAAUAAUAUUCUAAUUCUAAACAAACAAAUUGAAUUAAAGGAAAAAAAAAAUUAUAUCAAUGAAAAAAAUUGUAAAUCUUUAUUAUUAGAAGUGGAUAAUUUGAAAUUUAUCUUAAAUGAUUUAUUAUCAUAUGUUGAUCAUAAAGAUGGAAAGAGAAAUAAAAGACAAAGAAAAAUGAGUAUCAAAAAUGAAUUGAAAUAUAUCAAUAUGGAAAUUAAAAAUAUAGAAAAUGAAGAACAAAAUAUGUUGAUUAAUUCAGAAAUAGAAAACGAUGGAAAUCAUAAUGAAGUGCCAUGUGCUGUAAUAAAUGUGCAUGAAAAUAUUAGGAAUAAUCAUAACAGAAAAAUGGAUAAUAAUUCAAAUAUACAUGAAAAUAUUGAAACGAAAAAAACUUUAGAAUUACACGACAGUAUAGAAAAGAUGAACACAUUUGAAAAUAGUUUCGAAAGAAAUAAUACAUUAAAUGAAGAAAAUAAUUUAAGAAACGUACAAUCUUUAUAUCCAAAUUUUCUUGAAUAUAAAGAAAAUAGUUCUUUUAAAAGUAGUACAUUAAAAAGUAAUAACUUAUCAGAAUUGGAUAUUUUAUCAAACGAACUGAAUAGUAACACUACAUCUAAAAGGAAAUACUCCAGAAAUAAAAAUAAAAAAAGAGAUUCAGUUAGACAGUAUGAAUUAAGGAGUAGAAGGAAAGAAUAA